AUGGAGGCCAUCCACCAAGCCAGUUAUGCAGACAUUUUGAUCGAGAGGGAAGUGUUAAUGCAGAAGUACAUUCAUCUAGUUCAGAUCGUAGAGACAGAAAAAAUUGCAGCUAACCAACUACGGCAUCAACUCGAAGAUCAAGAUACAGAAAUCGAAAGGCUUAAAUCAGAGAUUAUCGCUCUUAAUAAAACAAAGGAACGAAUGAGGCCUUACCAAAGCAAUCAAGAAGAUGAGGACCCAGACAUCAAGAAGAUUAAAAAGGUAAGACGCUGGGUNCGCGGCUGGCUGUGCCGGCGGAAGUGGAAGACCAUCGUGCAGGACUACAUCUGCUCCCCGCACGCGGAAAGCAUGCGGAAGCGCAACCAGAUCGUGUUCGCCAUGGUGGAGGCCGAGGCCGAGUACGUCCACCAGCUCUACGUGCUGGUCAACGGCUUCCUGCGGCCCCUGCGGAUGGCCGCCAGCUCCAAGAAGCCGCCCAUCAGCCACGACGACGUCAGCAGCAUUUUCCUCAACAGUGAAACAAUCAUGUUUCUUCAUGAGAUAUUUCAUCAAGGACUGAAGGCAAGGAUAGCAAACUGGCCUACUUUAAUUUUAGCUGAUCUGUUUGACAUUUUGCUCCCUAUGCUGAACAUUUAUCAAGAGUUUGUGCGUAACCACCAGUACAGCCUCCAAGUGCUUGCCAAUUGUAAGCAAAACAGAGAUUUUGACAAGCUCUUAAAACAGUAUGAAGCCAACCCUGCCUGUGAAGGGAGGAUGCUAGAAACGUUCUUGACCUAUCCGAUGUUUCAGAUCCCUAGGUAUAUCAUCACGCUUCAUGAACUCUUAGCUCAUACACCCCAUGAACAUGUGGAGAGGAAAAGUUUGGAAUUUGCUAAAUCAAAACUUGAGGAACUGUCCAGGGUAAUGCACGAUGAAGUGAGUGACACUGAAAACAUAAGGAAGAACCUUGCCAUAGAAAGAAUGAUCGUGGAGGGCUGUGAUAUUUUGCUGGACACCAGCCAGACCUUCAUCCGCCAAGGUUCCCUUAUUCAAGUACCUUCCGUUGAGAAGGGGAAACUUAGUAAAGUUCGCCUGGGUUCAUUGUCUUUGAAAAAGGAAGGAGAAAGACAAUGCUUCUUAUUUACAAAGCACUUUUUAAUUUGUACAAGAAGUUCAGGAGGAAAGCUGCAUCUGCUCAAGACAGGUGGGGUUCUCUCUCUAAUAGAAUGUACCUUGAUUGAGGAGCCCGACGCAAGCGAUGACGACCCCAAAGGUUCUGGGCAAGUGUUUGGACACCUGGAUUUUAAAAUAGUGGUGGAGCCUCCUGAUGCCGCCCCUUUCACUGUGGUCCUGUUAGCACCUUCCCGCCAGGAGAAGGCUGCCUGGAUGAGCGACAUAAGUCAGUGUGUGGACAAUAUUCGGUGUAAUGGCUUAAUGACUAUAGUGUUUGAAGAGAAUUCCAAAGUCACUGUGCCACAUAUGAUUAAGUCAGAUGCCCGUCUUCACAAAGAUGACAUCGACAUUUGCUUCAGUAAAACACUCAACUCCUGCAAAGUGCCCCAGAUUCGUUACGCCAGCGUGGAGCGCCUCUUGGAGCGGCUGACGGACUUGCGGUUUCUUAGCAUCGAUUUCCUCAACACCUUUCUGCACACCUAUCGUAUUUUCACGACCGCAGCUCAGGUGCUGGCGAAGCUCUCGGACAUAUACAAGAGGCCCUUUACCUCCAUCCCUGUCAGAUCACUGGAAUUGUUUUUUGCUACCAGCCAGAACAGCAGAGGUGAACAUUUGGUGGAUGGCAAAUCCCCACGCCUGUGUCGCAAAUUCUCUUCCCCACCACCCCUAGCUGUGUCCAGAACGUCCUCCCCAGUGAGGGCCAGAAAGCUGUCCUUGACUUCCCCGUUGAGCUCAAGGACAGGCGCGCUGGACCUGACCACCGCCCCGGCGCCCGGCAGCCCCGCCGCCACCCGCAGCCCCGUGGCAUCCCCGCCGCCGCACACUGCAGUCCUAGAGUCUGCACCCGUGGACCGAGCAGGAGUAGAAAGCUCCCCUGCAGUGGACGCCACGGAACUUUCACCUUGCAGGUCACCCUCAACUCCUCGGCACCUUCGCUAUCGCCAGCCUGGAGGACAGAUGGCUGACAGCUCCCACUGUUCUGUUUCUCCUGCUUCUGCCUUUGCAAUCGCCACAGCUGCAGCAGGACACGGGAGUCCACCGGUAUAUUUCCUAGGCCUUUUAACCCAGAGGCGUCUUACCUCUGAAGUAAGAUAGAGUUGCUGGCUUGAAUUGAGAGAGGCACACCAGGGCCAUCUCCAUUUCUUCAAGACAGAGCACUUCUCAGCACCGUGCACAUUUGCUCCAUGGGGAUUUAACAACACCGACAGAAUAUGCGACAAAGAGUUUAUUAUCCGUAGAACAGCCACCAACCGAGUGCUGAAUGUCCUCCGUCACUGGGUCUCAAAGCACGCACAGGAUUUUGAACUCAACAAUGAACUAAAGAUGAACGUCCUAAACUUGCUAGAAGAGGUCCUGAGAGACCCAGACCUCCUCCCCCAAGAAAGGAAAGCCACAGCCAACAUCCUGAGAGCUCUUUCGCAAGAUGACCAAGACGACACUCACCUGAAGUUAGAGGAUGUAACUCACGCGACGGACUGUCUGAAGGCCGAGUGCUUCGAGACCUUGUCAGCCAUGGAGCUGGCUGAGCAGAUCACGCUCCUGGACCACAUCGUUUUCAGAAGCAUUCCCUACGAAGAGUUUCUUGGGCAGGGUUGGAUGAAGCUGGAUAAAAAUGAAAAGACACCUUACAUCAUGAAAACCAGCCAGCACUUCAAUGAUAUGAGUAACCUGGUGGCCUCCCAGAUCAUGAAUUACGCAGACGUCAGCUCUCGCGCCAACGCCAUUGAGAAGUGGGUGGCAGUGGCUGACAUUUGCCGCUGCCUGCACAACUACAACGGCGUGCUGGAGAUCACCUCGGCCUUAAACAGGAGCGCCAUCUACCGGCUGAAGAAAACCUGGGCCAAGGUGUCCAAGCAGACAAAAGCUCUCAUGGACAAACUACAGAAGACUGUUUCAUCUGAAGGAAGAUUUAAAAAUCUCAGAGAAACCCUUAAAAAUUGUAACCCCCCCACCGUUCCUUAUCUGGGGAUGUACCUGACAGACCUGGCGUUCAUUGAAGAAGGGACGCCAAACUUCACUGAGGAAGGCCUUGUCAACUUCUCCAAAAUGAGAAUGAUAUCUCACAUCGUCAGAGAGAUACGCCAGUUCCAGCAGACUUCCUAUCGAAUAGACCACCAGCCGAAGGUCACUCAGUACUUGCUCGACAAAGCCCUCAUCAUAGAUGAAGAUACGCUGUAUGAGCUCUCGCUAAAAAUUGAACCUCGCCUCCCUGCUUGA